AUGGCAAUCUCUUAAUGCGAUUCAAAAAGUGUUGUUGGAGGAGUUAACAUAGCUACAAAUAAUAUCUUCUUAUAAAAAAGAUUAUCUAUUUCAUAACCUCAUAAAAUGCUAAGACUUUAACUUACUAUUCAUUAUUUGGAAAGUUGGACCGACCUCUAAUGA